AUGUGGAUUAAGGAAGUCUUAUCAGGUGACACAUGUAGUGACGACGAUGAUGAUGUCAGUAACAAACAUUCACUGGAAAGUAGUUGUGCCCGCAUCAAACGACUCUUGAAAGAGCAUUCUUAUCAUAAGAAGUUCCAAGAAAGGUGCAGAAGGCAUAGUCUGCAAACACGCAAGAAGUUCAUGCACUAUAGUUCAAACUUUGUCACUGCUGGCCAUGGUCAGAAGGAUGUCCAUUUCUCCCUUGACAUGCACAACACACAAGGAACUUCUAGCAAAAUUAAAACAUCCCACGAUGAUGCAAGGAGCAUUAACGGCUUAGGGGAUAGAAGGCUGAAGUUGAUGAAGCAUCCACAGCUGUCUGAAUUCGUUAAACAGGAGUCUUCCUCAGAUGAUGACGAUGACGAGUAUCUGUCAUCAAUGACGAGCACUGUGGAUCAUCAGGGUCAACAACAUAUGCAUGUCACCAGCAGCAAACAUAAUUCUUUGAACUCUGAUAGCAACAACAACUACCCAAUCACUUCUUCAGCAAACAAUUCCACAGGUAGCAAGUCCAACUUCAAAAAAACUUUUUCAAAUGAAGCCAUGAUGGCCAAAAGGAAGAAAAUGUGGAUGUUGAUUGCCAAAAAAGAAAUACCCAAGUUUCAGAAGCACAAAGCCAUCAUAAGGAAGGAUAAUCUUGCUCAGCUUAAAAAGUUGUCGAAGGAGUGUCAGAAGGAAUCCAGAAAGUUGGCACUUGCAUCACAAAAAUUAUCAAGAGAUGCUGCCUCAAGAAUCAAACGACUUGGAAAGGAAAUGCUGGCGUAUUGGAAAAGGUUUGAAAAAGUUGAGAAGGAACAUAGGAAGAAGGCAGAAAAAGAAGCUUUGGAGCAGAAAAAAGUGGAUAUGGAAAUGCUUGAGAUGAAAAGGCAGCAGAGAAAAUUAAAUUUCCUCAUCACCCAAACCGAACUAUAUGCUCAUUUUAUGGCCAAGAAGUUGUCAAACCAGACCUUAAAUGGUGUAAACGCUUGUGAUGUUGCUGGUGUUGCUCAUGAUGUUGUUCAUUAUGAAGAUAUCUUGAAGAAUUUCGAUGAAGAUGAUUCAACAAAUAAACUUGUUCCCAUCAAUGGUGGCUUUGUAAGGAGGAGCACCGACGAUGAUUAUGAUAGCGAAAUUAUGAAGCGCUUGGCCUGUAAAAAUGUCAAAACAGCCAUCGAUGAUCAAAUAAGCAAGAAAAAAGAAUUUGAUAACGGGUUGAGAAACAAGAUGGAAUUCAAAAACUCUG